UUACCAUUUGAUAUGUCACCACGAGUGAGCCACUUAGACAACGAACAAUGCCGGCAGUGCACCAGCUUCGCUGAUUAUAUGAAAGAGAAUAAAAAACGUCUUGUAGAGGAACAAGACCGACGAAAAGGACAAGGCGAUGCUGAAGGUGCUGUUGGAUCCAGACGACCGGAUUGUCCUCUUGAUAAGGACGAAUUAGGCCAGAAAUCAUGGGGUUUACUACACACAAUCGCCGCCAAAUAUCCGAAGAAACCAAAUGACUCAGAUAAACAGGACAUUAAGACAUUUUUCAAUGUAUUUGCAAAGUUGUAUCCAUGUUCCCACUGUGCAGAAGGCCUUAGAGAGGAUUUGAAAGAACAUCCAAUCAGAACCAAUAAUCAGGAUGAGUUGAGUCAAUGGCUGUGUGAGAUACACAACAGGGUAAAUUUAAAGAUAGGAAAGCCGGCUUUCGACUGUUCCAAGGUCCACGAGCGAUGGCGGGAUGGAUGGAAGGAUGGAUCAUGUGAUUAAUUGAGUAUAGCUAGUAGAGAAUAUUUAGGCGCAAAUAAACAUACCGCGUACUUGUUUCACCAUUUAUAUAA